AUGGCCAUGUUUGCCCGCUCAUCUCUGCUCCGGCAGAGCCUCGCGACCCGCUCGCCGCUCCUGCAGCGCAAUGUCGGCGUGUCGCAGAUGGUCGCUUUCCAUGCGUCCGCCCGGAAGCAGAUCCUGCCCCCGUUGCCUCAGGAAAUCAAGGGAACCCCUGAUUAUCCCCGGAUAGUGAACGACCCUGCCCCGAUCCCCGAGAGCCACCCCUCAGAAGGUAGCUACCACUGGUCUUUCGAGAGACUCGUGUGUCUUGGACUGGUCCCCCUCACUCUCGCUCCCUUCGCUGCCGGUUCGCUCAACCCCGUCAUGGACGCUGUGCUCUGCUCGCUCAUCGUCGCCCACUCGCACAUCGGAUUCCAGGCUGCCAUCAUCGACUACUUCCGUCCGCAGCGUGUGCCCAAGUUCAGCUCUUUUCUGCACUGGCUCCUGCGCGGUUUUACUCUCACCACCGCUGUUGGUCUGUACGAGUUCGAGACGAACGAUGUGGGUCUGACCGAGGGUCUGCGACGCAUCUGGAAGGCAUAG